AAACUCAACUGGCUCCUUCCCUCCCAACUCCUCACUUCAUAGCGCCGCGCACUAAAAACAUCGGACGCUAGGGGAUCAAGACGCAUGCCACAUUACCUCUAUGUGGGCACUUUAACAGAUCUUUCGGGGGGUUUUUUCUCAGUAAGGGGGCUGUUGAGGGAGGCCUUUUUUACUUUCACUGUUUGAUGACUGUUUGCACAGCUGAUAAUUGAGUUGAUUGUUUAUAUUUUAGCCGUUGUUAUCCACCGCCUUGUGCGCCCCUUUUUCCCUACUGCUUUUUUUGUGGGGGGGGAUCGGUGAACUGUACUGCGCUCACCAAUGUCCUAUCCUCAGGGUUACCUCUACCAGCCCCCAGGCUCUCUGGCUCUUUAUUCGUGUCCGGCUUACGGGGCUUCGACUCUGGCUGCUCCGCGGAAUGAGGACUUGGCGAGAUCGUCCUCUGGCUCAGCCUUCAGCCCGUAUCCAGGCUCGGCCGCUUUCUCCGCCUCGGCUGGUGCGGGGUUCUCCAGCCCACUGUCAUACUCCACAGAUCCUGCGACGGGAUUCCCAUCCUACAUGUCUUCUCCGUAUGACGCGCACACAGCGGGCAUGGCCGGGGCGCUCAGUUACCAUCCAUACGGGAGUCCGGGGUAUCCCUACCAACUAAACGACCCGGCUUACCGCAAGAACGCCACCAGGGACGCCACGGCCACUUUGAAGGCCUGGCUACAGGAACACAGGAAGAACCCGUACCCGACUAAGGGAGAGAAGAUCAUGCUGGCCAUCAUCACUAAGAUGACCCUGACACAGGUCUCCACCUGGUUCGCGAAUGCCAGAAGGAGACUGAAAAAGGAAAACAAGAUGACCUGGGCGCCCCGUAGCAAGAGCGAGGACGAGGACGAAGAGGACGGAGACGGAGAGAGGAAGGAGGCGGAGCGCUCUGACAAAACCCUGGAUAACAGCGAGGCUUCGGCAGAGGACGAAGGCAUCAGUUUGCACGUCGACACCCUGACGGACCACUCGUGUUCUGCGGAGUCUGACGGGGAAAAGGUCGGCUGCGCAUCCGAGCUCAGCUCCGAUGUGGACAAGUGUAACGUGGACAGCGUGGAUCAGAGCCGCGGCCGUCGCGAAGGUCUCUCCCCCAAACCCGUCACCUCGUCGCCGCUGACGGGCGUGGAAGCUCCGGUUCUCACCCAUCACCAUCAUCAGCACCACCACCUCCAUCACCUUCACCACCUCCACAGCCAGCGGGAGGAUUUGACUCGCAGCCUCAUGAACUGUAACGCCAGUAAGUUGUCUUCCUGCCUGGACAACAGGCCCAAUUCGUCCGGGGCGCCUCAGAAUCUUUCAGCAAAACCCAAACUGUGGUCUCUGGCCGAGAUUGCUACCUCGGACCAAAAGCAGCAGCAUCAGCAACAGGGGCAACCGGAACAACCGAGCUGCCCCUCCUCCAACAGCGGACUCCUUACUCCCCCGACGCCCUCCGCUACUACACCGGCUGCCAGCUCCCCUUCACUUUACCCGACCCCCUCCAUCCUCGGAAGACCUAUUUAUUACACUUCCCCGUUUUAUAGCAAUUAUACAAACUACGGCAACUUUAGCCCCCUGCAGGGGCAAGGGAUCUUGCGGUACACCAACUCCGCUGGAGUGAGUUUGGCAGCCGCCGCGGCCGCCGCAGCGGCUGCAAACGAGGGUCUGAGCGCCUCUCUAAGGGCUUCAGAGGCUGGCGCGGAAAACAAACUCAAGCCAGACUCCCCCCCGUUCAAAAAUAACUCAAACCAGAUUGCUGCAGUCGAGCAGCAGCAUUUCAGAGCCACAAAUAUAGAAGCAAAGAAAGGUACGUAAUGUGGAGAACUCUAAAAUAAAAAAACUCAAGAUCCUUUUUUUUUUCUUUUUAUUAUUAUUAUAAUCUUGAAAUUGUAUUUCACAUGAGCAGUGGUUCAAACAUGCAAUUGUUUAAAUGUUUUCAAUGCAAAACAACUGUUCUGCUUUUGCUCACUUUCGUGUGUCAUUACUUUCUUGUAGGGAGAGUUUGCCUUGCAUUAAAAAAACAAAAAAUUGGAAAGUUGGAGGUUUGAUUCUGGAGUAAGAAUAAGCGACACUUAACCACAUUCAUAUACUUGUGUUAUUUUUAAGAGACUCGUGGUCUCAAGAGAAAAUGAUAACAUAUUUUUAAGGAAAAAGCAUCCAGCAGCCUCGUCUCUUAAUAAUUUCAGUUUAUUAUUCACAUUUAGAAUUUUACUCAUUAAAAAAAAAAAGAUAUCUAUUUCUCAGAGGAAUAAGACAACAAGCUUGGCUUCGAAAAGUAACAAGAUCAUUUAGCACAAAAUUAACGUGCAAAAUGAAGCAUCCACAGUAUAUUAGUAAAGGAUAGGCCUCAAACAAGCCCAACCACGCACACAUACCCAGACUCACACCCACAGAAACGCUCAUAAGUGUAUGUUUUGAAUCCAAAAGCAGAGAAAUGUUGCCAUAGCUUUGAGCAGGAAUUCUAUUUUUAUUGUUUCCUUUGUGUGUGUGUGGGUGUGUGUGUGAGGGGGCACAGAGAGAGUGUGGUGUGUGCACAGUGGGCUUCAAACCUUAUCUUUCAGCUUAGGAUAAUUAUAAUUACACAGGGUCAGCCAAAUGCAAACAAAUUAGCUUGCUCUGCACAGUCUUAGUCCAACUUCAACAAGUCUUUAAAUGUCACUUUCACAGAUAAAACCAACUGUUAGAAUUUGGCCAAUAAAAUUGGUGCAAAAGGAUGAAUUUUAUUUAUGAGGACUUGCUUUGUUAAUGAGUAGCAAUUUAAGUUUAACAGCUUAAAACUUACUAAAAAAAAGAAAUUUCCAACAAUUAAAAAGAAUAAAUAAAUAUUAAAUUAAUUUUGAACUACAUCUAACCUUUUUUCAUAUUGUAUGGCUUCCAUUUAUCAAUUUAAUUGAAGAAGACAAAAAUCAUUAAACUUUUUAAAUCUGGUCUAACAUGAUGAAAUGUAACUUUGUCCCUGACAGCCACAGAUGUGCUGGUUAUUGGCAACAACUACCUCAGGGUUAGGAAGCUCAGAUUGUUUGCAAAUUUAACUUUAGCAUUAGUGUUGUUAAACUUAAAGCUGGAUGUAAACAAACUACUAAAAUCAUACAAGCCAUGAGCCUCGUGGAAGGUCUUAAUAUACAAUAUUAUGGUGAGAAAUAAUUUUCUUUAAAAAAUUCUCAGCUGGAUCCAAAAUGACAAGUGAGAUUAGGUAAUUAUCUGACAUCAAAAUGAUCUGUUAAAUUCUAAUAAGAUGCUUAGGUAGGAGUUGUUACCCAACUAAAUUAGCAAAGUAUCACAUUUCCACAACAUGUUUAAUUAAAAUUGAAGUAAUUUUAAUAGCUGAUAUUCAAUUCCCUCAAAUAUACAUUUUUACAGUGUGGGUGAUUUUGAGGAUUGCUUACCUUUCAUAUGUGCUGUUGCAGAAAUUGUUCAAUAGGAUUUAGGGUACUGGUUAUAUUUUUAAUUUUAAGCACUUGCAAUUUCAUUUGCUUUGAUUUUUCUAACUAAAGCAGUGUGAGAAUUUUUUUUUUUUCAAGGAUAUUUAUUUGGAUUCUGUUUUUAUGAUAUAUAUUUCCUUGUCCUGCAGAUAGGUGUCACAAUUGCUCAGAAUAUAAAGCUUGGAAAAGAAAGGCUUUAACAUUUUUAGUCACAUGCUUAAACCCUCAUGACCUUUUGCUCCAAACUAGGGAUCUAGUGCCACCAUAUUUUAUUCUUUUUUUUAAAUGUUGCUGCUAGGUCUUUCACAGGUUUAGAUUUUCAGUCGGGCGCAUUACAUUGUAUUGUUUCCUUCUUUAUCAUUAUUGAUAACCUCCCAUAAUAUGUGAUAUAAAUGUUAUUUCUCAGGUUCCUCUUGAUUGCAUAUUUGCCACGUUAUAUUAUGAUUUGUUAUAUAUCUGUGUGGAAAAACAACAUAUGGCCUAGGAAAUGUAGUUAGGGGAAAGGGAGGAGACUUCUUAGGACGCUGAGCUGAUCUGAAGUGAACUUUGAGGACUUCAGAGUGGAGUAGCCUACAUUUGAUAUUUAUUUUUUUAAAACAACAGCAAAACAAUGCCUAUAAUUUAUGCAAGUUGUAUUGCAAAGGUGGAAAACUGACAUCCUCUGUUUUGUAAAUAUAAAUAUGAAUAUAUAUAUUAUGGACUGUUCUUCUUUUGGGUGGGGACACACAAUCAGGAGUACUUUUACUAAUUUAUAUGACUGUAAAUAUAUAAUAAAAAGGUGGGGUGUUAUAUCCAAUAUAGAGAAUGACAAAAUAUUAAACUCCUUUUCCCAACUAUAA